AGAAUAAUUCCUCUGAACCAGUAUAUAUACAUGAGCAGUGUCUGCCAUCUAAGAGGGACAAAAAAGUUUAGGGUUUUAUUUUUGGUCGGUUAAGCCGAUGGGGAAAACCGGAGGGAAUUCUUGGUUAACGGCGGUUAAGAAGGUUUUCCGGUCACCGGAGAAGAGAAGCUCCAAAAGACGAGAAGAUCACCGACAUUACAACGACGACGAAGACGAAGAGCAGCAAAAGAAGAGAGGAAAAAGAAGAUGGCUGUUCAAGAAACCACCUCCAUCUUCAUCUUCUUCAUGUCCAUGUCAAGAUCAUCACUCCGCAGAAGCCAUCGGAAACAUAACAUCCGCCGGGACUACCACGGAGGAUACGGCGGCCGGAAAAUAUGUUCCGGCGGCGGAGGUGAUGUUCAUCUCUCGGCCGUCUGUCUAUCUUAAACGGCACGUGGCCGCCAUUCUCAUUCAGACAGCUUUCCGAGGUUACCUGGCACGAAAGGCACUUAGGGCAUUAAAAGGAGUGGUGAAACUACAAGCCUUAGUGAGAGGGCACAACGUAAGGAGAAGAGCGACGGAGGCUCUGAUUCGGAUUCAGGCUCUGCUUCGGGUCCAGGCUCGGGUCCUCCAGGGCCGGAAGAGAGCCGUGACAAAUCCCGGCGACGACAAUGAAGCGGCCUUCUCCCGCGCUUUUUCUAAACAGAUGUGGAAAACAACAGAGAGAGAAUCACACAGCGAGAGCGAGAUGGAGCACAGAAAACCGGGUAGACUAAACCGGUUCGGUUAUGAAGAAACCGAGAGGAGGAUGUCAACCGACCAAAGCGUAGGCGAACCGGUUAAGAUAGUGGAGGUCGAUACGUAUACGUAUCAACACCAACAAUGCCCCGACCGGACGCCGCGUGGGGUUCCUUGCAAGACGAGGCAAGUCCGCUCUAUGCCAAAUUACAUGUCUGCCACUGUAUCGGCCAUCGCUAGGAACCGGCCACAGAGUGUACCAAGGGAAAGACCGAACUGGACCGGUUCAGAGAGAGAACCGAAGAUUCAAUCGGUUAAGAAGCGAUUAUCGUUUCAUGAAAUCAGCUCGUACGGUUGUACAUUGCAGGGUCCAGAGGGUAAAAUCAUCGAUGGAGAUGAUUCCAGAGCAGGUUACACUUGGUAUGAUACGAAAACCGGAGAUUUUUGGUAUUUGACUAGUGAUGAGUUAACCGAACUGGUUAACCGGAUGACCAUGCGACCUUUGUAAUUUUUCACGUUGACGUUUUCGUAUUUUCAACCUGUUCCAAGCAGUUUUCUGUUAUA